AUGAGCAAAGCAGAGAUCAGUGUCGCUCAAGACCGCGCGUCUUCCGAAGAAGGAGCAAACCCGGUACUGACGGCCGAGACAGCGGUGCAGGCCGUCAAAGCAGGUCGCGCGAAAGAUGUCGACAUUGCCGCGCAUUUCAUCGCAGAGCAUGGCCAAGAGCUACGCGGCAAUGAGUACACCAAGGAGGAGGAGAAGAAGCUCAUCCGGAAGGUUGAUUGGCGACUCGUACCGAUUCUCUUCGUUUGCGCUACACUCUCCGGUCUCGACAAAACAGCCAUCUCAGCCGCCGCCAUCUACGACUUGCGAGAGGACCUCAACUUGACCGGGCAGCAGUACUCCUGGUGCGGCUCCGCGCCUUUCUUCGGCGGCUUGGUCUUCAUGGGACCGGCUGCGUAUUGUCUGCAAAAGAUGCCUGUCGUCACCUUCUUCUCAGCCAACGUCCUCUGCUGGGGUAUUGCUGAGAUGGCCAUGGCUGCAUGCACGAACUUCACGGGACUGUUCAUCUGCCGCUUUUUGCUUGGCGGCUUCGAGGCUUUGCUCAUCCCUGCCGUCACUCUGCUGGUUGCCAUGUGGUAUCGCCCAGAGGAACAACCACGGCGCAACUCCAUCAUCUUGAACGUCAUUGCCCCGAUCUGCAAUGGUUUCAUCGCCUGGGCCGUCUCCUACCACCGCGGGCCCUUCGCCACCUGGAAGAUCAUCUUCCUGACCCUCGGCGCCUUCACCAUCCUCUGGUCCCUCGUCGUCUACUUCUUCCUCCCCAACAACCCUCUGGAAGCCAGCUUCCUCUCGGCGCGCGAAAAGCUGAUCAUCAUCCAACGCAAAUCCGCCGACAACACGGGCAUGGAGAACAAAGCCUUCAAGCCGCACCACAUCAAGGAAGCGCUCCUGCAGGACCCCAAGACGUGGCUGAUCUGGUUCGCCAUCGUGGCGCUGCAGGUCCCCAACGGCGGCCUCUCGACCUUCAACACGCUCAUCAUCCAAGGCCUGGGCUUCAGCAAGCUGCAGACCUCGCUGCUCGCCAUGCCCCCCGGCGCCAUGUCCACGCUCAGCGGCAUCGCCCUCUCCUUCCUCGCCUCCACCACCCGCCGCUACCGCACCCUCAUGAUCUCCGUCGCCAUCUUGCUGCCGCUGCUCGGCGCCCUGUUGUGCUUCGCCCUCCCCCGCUCCAACCUCGCGGGCCAGCUCGUCGGUCUCUACAUUCUUUAUACGUACUGGGCCCCCUACGUCACGCUCGUCAGCGUCUACCAGGCCAACAUCGCGGGCCACACCAAGAAGACGGCGCUGUUCGCGUGGUAUUUCAUCGCGUGGACGCUGGGCAACAUCAUCGGCCCGCAGACGUUUCGCGCCGAUCAGGCGCCCGCGUACGUGGGUGGCACGGUGGCUAUGAUCGUGUGCUAUGGCGUCGCCAUGGUCAUGAUUCUGUCGUAUGGCUUGGUGUGUCGGCUGGAGAAUCGGAGGAGGGCUGCCGAGGCAGAGAGAGCGGCGGCGACGGGCGAUGGGGACGGGGCUGGGGCGGCGGUGGUGGUGGGCGGAGAGAAUGAUUGGUUGGAUCUGACGGAUAGGGAGAAUAGGAAGUUCGUGUAUACGACUUGA